ACUGUCAUUUUAAUGUUUUGUAAACAAACAGCAAAUCUUUGAAAAAUCCAGCAAAAAGUGAUAUUGUAAUUAAAAUGCAGUGAAUAUUUGUUGCUUAAAAGUACCAGUUAACAUUUCUGAAAAUGGAACAGACGAUUGUUUUAAUGAAGAUGGAUAUAAACAAAGUGUGUAGAAUAUGCGAAACGAAGGAAAACCUCGUCGAUCUUUCGACGGAGGAAUACAGCCAUCUGAACGAGAAACUGCACAAAAUUGCUGAUUUCGAGAAAAACAAAUACAGCAGCUACCUGAAAUUUAUCUGCGUCCCAUGCAGUUCCAAAGUCGAAACGACUUAUGAUUUUAAAACUCAAUGUGAGAAAACUUAUACUAAACUGAUCAACAAGGUUAAAGACUAUUUUGAAAGUGAGUCUGCAGACUCAGAAAUUCCUUGUGAUUCAUAUGAUUGGCUUUAUAUAGCCGUAGAGAGUCCAAGAUCCGAUGAUGGAUUGAAUGAAACCGAUAAAGAAAAUAUUAAUGAGACUAUCAAUAAAAAAUACUUCGGCAGAACAUAUGCUAAAAAAAAUAUCAAUCUUCCCAAAGUUCGCAAUGAUGUUGAAGAUAGCAAUUUGAAUGACAAAAGUAAAAUUGAAGAUGAAGAUAUCAAUAAAAGUAUCAAUCUCCCCGAAGUUCGCAAUGAUGUUGAAGAUAACGAUUUGAAUGACAAAAAUAAAAUUGAAGAUGAAGAUAUCAAUAAAAGUAUCAAUCUUCCCGAAGUUCGCAAUGAUGUCGAAGAUAACGAUUUGAAUGACAAAAGUGAAAUUGAAGAAGAAGAGUACAUGGAAAAGUCAUAUUCUGAAUUAUUUCAAGUUGUUGAGACUUAUGAUCCUUCCGAGUACAAGAAUAUUAAAUUGCCGGACAUUGAUGAAAUAUGGCCAGAAUUAAUAAAUCAGUCGAAGGGGCGCAUUUUUGAAUGUGCUCAUUGCGACAAAGCCUUUAAACAUCGAGUUAGAAUUGAACGCCACAUUGAAAGUGUUCAUUUAAAGAUAAAACCUUUCGUGUGUGAAUUUUGUGGCAAAAGAUAUGCCCAUAUGACCUCAUAUACUGCACAUCGAGAUUAUCAUACAACAGGGACUUCAAAGCAAUAUCCUUCACGAUUGCUAAGAAAACUUUUAGUUAGAAAGAAUAGGGGAGAUCUACAACUUGGACGAUUUGAACAAUUAAAUUCCAAACAUACUGAUAGAGCUUAUCUCUGUGAUGUAUGCGGUUAUCAGUGUCUGACUGAAACUCAACACAAGGAUCAUCAAAAUAUCCAUUUAAAUUUAAAGCCCUACAGUUGCAAGGAAUGUCAGAAAAGAUUUUACAGUAAAAUACAGUAUCAGAUUCAUAAUCAUUUUACACACAAAGUUGGAAAGCAUUUUCCAUGCUAUCAUUGCGAGAAAAUCUUCACGACUAAAUUUAACUUGAAACAACACAUUUUAAUUCAUACCGAAAUAAAGGACCACACUUGUACAUGUUGUAGAAAGUCCUUUUCCUCCGCUGUGAAUUUGAGGAUGCACGAGAGAAUUCACACUGGAAUAAAGUACGAGUGUGCAAAGUGUUGGAAAACCUACGUACACAAAAGAUCACUUCAGAGACACUUGAAGCAAUGUGUCAGCUCGAAGAAAACCAAAAAGAAGAAGCAAAUCAAGAAAAUGAAUAAUACUAAAAGGAAUGAAACCAUCGAGGAGUAAAAGGUGUCCUGGACCGGAUUUUUGAAGUUGCAUUUGUUGAACAACUCUCUUCUUAUCUGGAUCUAAAAGACUGAAUGCUUCCAAGUAAAAAUGAAAUGCGAAUAAAAAUUAAACAAUUAC